AUGAACCCAUUCAAGAGCAGCAACAACCAGGCCCAGGCUGCUGGUCAGUCAAAGGAGGACCCCGUCGACAAGGCUUUCGACUUCGUUACCAAGAAGGCCGGCCACGACAUGCCCCGCAGCACGGAUGAGAAGAUCACCGAUGCUGGCCGCAACAUGUACGAGAAGGUGACUGGCAAGAAGGGCAACCCUAAGAUUUCCAACUAG